CAUACCAUAUAUAUCUUCCAACCUUAGUUCAUGUAUGGUACGCGCAUUCCCUUCCCCAUUUUUUCUCUUCCUAGCCCAAACUCCAAAUGGCUUCCCUUCUGUCUUUAUCUUUUUCCCCUUCUUCACUUUCCUCAUACUACCAUCUCUUUUUCACAUUCCUAGCUUUCUUUCUUACAGCCUUAAUUUUCUUCCUCACACAUAAAACCAAAUCCAAGAAACUCAACCUUCCUCCAGGUCCACCCGGAUGGCCUGUUGUUGGGAACCUUUUCCAAGUAGCAAACUCGGGGAAACCAUUCUUCGAGUAUGUUGAUGGGCUUCGAUCAAAGUAUGGUCCAAUCUUUACCUUAAGAAUGGGGACCAGAACUAUGAUCAUUCUAAACGAUGCAAAACUAGUCCACGAAGCCUUAGUCGAAAAGGGUCAGCUAUUUGCUACUCGACCUCGAGAAAAUCCAACAAGGAACAUAUUUAGCUGCAACAAAUUCACUGUCAACGCCGCGCUUUAUGGGCCUGUUUGGCGUUCAUUGAGACGCAACAUGGUCCAAAACAUGCUUAGCUCGAGCAGGAUCAAGGAGUUUCGCCAAGUGAGGGACACAGCUAUGGAGAAACUCAUCAAUAGGCUUCGAACUGAGGCUAAGUCCAAUGAUGGUGUUGUUUGGGUCUUGAAAAACGCUCGCUUUGCUGUGUUUUGUAUCCUCUUAUCGAUGUGUUUUGGGUUCGAAAUGGACGAAGAGACGAACGAAAAAUUUGAUCAGGUGAUGAAAAGUGUUUUGAUCACACUCGACCCAAGAAUAGAUGAUUAUCUCCCAAUUUUGAGCCCCUUUUUCUCAAAGCAAAGGAAGAAUGCCUUAGAGGUUCGAAAACAGCAAAUCGAUUUCAUAGUCCCGCACAUCGAGAAGCGUAGGAAGGCACUCAAAAACCCCGGAUCUGAUAAAACGGCAACGUCGUUUUCAUACCUCGACACCCUCUUUGACCUCAAGAUCGAGAAUCGUAAUCCGACAAAUCCUGAACUAGUCACACUUUGUUCCGAGUUCAUCAAUGGUGGAACCGACACUACAGGUACGGCAAUCGAAUGGGGUAUAGCACAGCUCAUAGCCAAUCCACAUGUUCAAGACAAGCUGUACGAAGAGAUUAAAGUUUCAGUUGGUGAUCGAAGAGUGGACGAGAAAGAUGUGGAGAACAUGCCGUAUUUACAUGCAGUGGUAAAAGAAUUGCUACGAAAGCACCCACCUACCUAUUUUUCACUGACACAUGCAGUGACAGAGCCAACAACGUUGGCAGGAUAUGAUGUACCAACUGAUGUAAACGUCGAGAUUUACUUGCCUGGUAUUAGUGAGGACCCGAAACUGUGGUCGAACCCAUCAAAAUUCGACCCGGAUCGAUUCUUUUCGGGGAAGGAGGACGCGGAUAUAACUGGAGUAACCGGGGUGAAGAUGAUGCCAUUUGGGGUUGGAAGGAGAAUAUGUCCUGGUUUGAGCAUGGCCACUGUGCAUGUUCAUCUUAUGCUAGCAAGAAUGGUGCAAGAAUUUGAGUGGAGUGCUUACCCGCCUGGUAAUGAAUUGGAUUUUGCUGGGAAGUUGGAGUUCACUGUGGUGAUGAAGAAUCCCCUUAGAGCUGUGAUCAAGAGCAGGGUUUAAGGAUGGUUUUAUAAUAAUGUUUACAAAUAAUAUAGAUCUUAUAUACUAGAUGUUAUAUUCCGGGUAUCCAAACUUUUCUUUUUCUUUUUUUGGUUUUUGGGUUUUCUUUUUUGUCCUUGUUUUUUUGCAAUGAAACAUGAAAGAUGAAUUGGAUUUUGCUGGGAAGUUGGAGUUCACUGUGGUGAUGAAGAAUCCCCUUAGAGUUGUGAUCAAGAGCAGGGUUUAAGGAUGGUUUUAUAAUAAUGUUUACAAAUAAUAUAGAUCUUAUAUACUAGAUGUUAUAUUAUAUGAUA